UGCUGAAUUACAGGCGUUAUUAGGAGGGCAGAUACCGGAAGUAGUUGUGCUGUGUUUUCGCGGUCUUGACGCUGACGAAAGGAGCGACAGAAGGUGAUCGAACUAAAGCAGGGAUGUGGAGGAAAGGAAGAAAUUAGAGAGAGAGAGAGAGAGAGAGAGAGAGAGAGAGAGAGAGAGAGAGAGAAGCUGUUCCGUGCUUGAAUGCGGCUCACCGAAGGAUUCACAGCGUAGACUGAGAAGAGAAGACGAGGAAGAAAGAAAGAGAGAGGAGAGAGAGGAGAGUAAGUCCGCUGUGUGAAACGAGCCCGGGUCGCUUCUAUCAUCCGCAACACGGUGUCUGUUUCACCGACGUAGCGAGCAGCCUCACCGCGCCUCCUGCGCAUCAUCCUCGGCUCCGCACUGCUGCUGCUGCCCGGGGACAACACUACCCACAUCUCCCAGCAAGAACGGCAGCAGAGGUGUAGAGAGCCAGUUUCUGAAAAUCCAUGGAGGGCCUCCUGUGAAGACCCGGAUUGGACGCCUCUUCUUCCUGUGAGAACAGGUUUUGAUCCCAUCUGCUCCAGAUCUGUUUGUUAUCCUGUUGUAAUCCAGCUGGAUCCAGAUGAUGGAGCGCUUACUGUGGCUGCUUAUCCUCAGCUCAGUGGCCCUGAAGGAAGCUGCCGGUGGUGACGUGUGUGUAUCGGGGCAUGACAGCGGGCCCGUGUUUGAAGAACAGCCAAGCAGUUUAAUUUACCCAGAGGGCCUGAGUGAAGGCAAGGUGACCCUGAGCUGCCAGGCCAGAGCCAGUCCAGCUGCUUCCUACAGAUGGCUUGUGAAUGGCACAGAGGUCCCGCUUGGUAUGGACCUGCGCUACACCCUGGUGGCCGGAAACCUGGUGAUCAGCAGCCCCGAGUCUAUUCGUGACACAGGCUCUUAUCAGUGUCUGGCCAUCAACCGCUGUGGCACCAUCAUCAGCCGAGCAGCUAACCUAAAAUUUGGCUACCUCAAUGACUUCCCUCCGGACAGCAGGAGUCCUCAAACAGCAUAUGAGGGCAUAGGAACUUUCCUGGCCUGCCAGCCCCCACCACAUUACCCAGCGCUCUCCUAUCGCUGGCUAAUCAACGAAUUUCCCAACUUCAUCAAGAAGGACGACGGCCGCUGGUUCGUGUCCCAGGUAACGGGGAACUUGUACGUGGCCAAAGCAGAGCCCAACGACACCGGGAACUACUUCUGCUUCACCACCAUCAACAUGGACAUCAGCACCAAGAGCACAUUCAGCAAGGCCAACCAGCUCACUGUGCUCCCUGACGCCAAUCCCAGGAAGUCAGCUCCGAGCAUCAAAGUGCGCUUCCCAGCAGAAACCUACGGCCUCGCAGGACACACCGCUCAGUUAGAAUGCUUUGCGUAUGGAAAUCCAGUCCCGAAACUGCGAUGGAGGAAGGUGGACGGUUUGAUGCCGUCCAAGGCGGGCUCCAGUGCCGAGGGCCCCACCCUCAACCUGCCAGAACUCUCCUUCGAUGACGAGGGUGUUUACGAGUGUGAAGCCUACAACUCAGAGGGAAGUGACACAUACCAGGGACGCAUCAAUGUUCAAGCUCAGCCCGAGUGGCUGCAGGUGAUGAGUGACUCCGAGGUGGAGAUCAGUUCAGAGCUUCAUUGGAGCUGUAUUGCUGCCGGUAAACCACGACCCUCCGUACGCUGGCUCCGCAACGGACAGCCCCUCAGCACACAGGACCGGUUGGAGGUGAACGGGGUUCGUCUUAAGAUCAGUAACCUGGCCCUGGAGGAUUCUGGGAUGUACCAGUGUGUGGCUGAGAACAAACAUGGCACUAUCUACUCCACUGCUGAGCUCAGAGUCCAAGUUCAGGCUCCAGACUUCAGGCUGAAUCCAGUAAGGAAACUGAUCCCAGCAGCCAGAGGGGGGCAGGUGAUGAUCGAGUGUCGCCCACGGGCUGCUCCGAAGCCCAGCCUGUUCUGGAGCCGUGGGACUGAGCUGCUCACUAACAACAGCAGAGUCACAGUAACUCCAGACGGAAUCUUGUGGAUCCACAACAUCAGCAGGGCAGACGAAGGGAAAUACACCUGCUUCGCUGAGAACUACCUGGGCAAAGCCAACAGCACGGGACACCUGUCUGUCAGAGAUGCCACUAAGAUCACGCUGGCUCCCUCCAACGCUGACAUCAAUCAGGGGGAGAAUGUGACGCUGCAGUGUCAUGCCUCCCACGACCCCACCAUGGACCUGACCUUCACCUGGUCCCUUAAUGGGGUCCUGUUGGACCUGGAGGACUCUGCCGGGCCAUACCACCGGGUGGAGGGGAAGGAAAACAUUGGCGACCUGUUGAUUGCGAAUGCUCAGCUGAGUCAAGCAGGGAUGUACACCUGCACAGCUCAGACUGUGGUAGACAGCGCCUCAGCUUCAGCAAAACUAGUAGUUCGAGGCCCCCCGGGACCUCCUGGAGGUUUACUGGUGAAGAACGUUGCUGAGACUUCGGUGGAGCUCAGGUGGAGUCGUGGCUACGACAACCACAGUCCCAUCGGCAAAUACGUCAUCAUGGGCCGAUCUUCACUCUCAUCAGAGUGGAAGAAGAUGAGGACAGACCCAGUUAACAUUGAGGGGAAUGCAGAGUCGGCUCGUGUGAUGGGUCUGAUGCCCUGGAUGGAUUAUGAAUUCCAGGUCAUUGCCAGCAACAUCCUGGGCAGCGGAGAGCCCAGCAUGCCCUCACACACCAUCCGCACACAGCAAGCAGCUCCCACAGUGGCCCCCAGUGGACUUGGAGGAGGAGGAGGAGACCACAAUGAACUCAUUGUUACCUGGACGGCCAUGGCCAGAGAGUACCAGAACGGUGAUGGCUUUGGCUACGUCCUGGCAUUCAGGAAGAAGGACACGUCAUCUUGGACGGUGGUGCGUAUACCUCACGUGGAGUCUUCCCGAUACGUUUACUACAACGACAGCCUGACUCCAUACAGCCCCUUUGAGGUGAAGAUCAAGGCUUAUAACCGCAGGGGGGAAGGUCCUUUCAGCCAGAUCGCUGUGGUCCACUCUGCAGAGGACGAGCCAACGGUGGGACCGUCAAGCAUCAAUGCCACAGCGCUGACUGCCUUUGAGAUCCAGGUUUCAUGGGAGGCCGUCCAGCAGCUCAGCGCCAACGGCAUCCUCAGAGGAUAUGAGAUCCGGUACUGGCGGCAGCAUGAACGGGAAGCGGCUGCGGACCGAGUACGGACAGCAGGACUGGAAACCACAGCCAGAGUGUCUGGCCUUCGACCCAGCACCCGAUACCACGUGGCUGUUCUGGCUUACAACAGCGCCGGCACUGGGCCGCCCUCGCCACGCACCACCGUCACCACCAGGAAACCACCUCCUAAUCGUCGUCCUGGCAACGUGUCAUGGAAAACUGAUGGCUCGUGGGUAACUGUGUGGUGGGACCAUGUGAAAGCCAUGCACAAUGAGUCAGCUGUACUGGGCUACAAAGUUCUGUACAAACAUGAGGGCCAGACAGCGCUCAAGGUUCUGGACAAGGCAAAGACAUCGGUGAGCCUGCCGCUGCCAAAGGACAAUGGUUACGUCGUGUUGGAGAUCCGGUCCUGGGGAGAGGGCGGGGACGGCCCGGCACACGAGAUUAUUGUGUCCCGGGACUCAGGAACUGGUAUGAUGGUGCAGAACGAUUCCUCCUCCACACUCUCCAAUCACCCCCUCCACCUCCUCGCUGGCUUGGUUCUGCUCACUCUUGCGUUGUUGUCAGGCCUGUGAUCUCAGCCUGUCUGUGGACUUUUAAUGGCUUGAAACUAAAGCUGUCCUGUGUCUCAGCCUGUGUUUUGGGUCGGGUGGGUUCCAGCGGUCGGGGGGAAGGUUUUAGCACUGCAGGGAUUGGAGGGUUGGGGGAGGAAGGAGGGAUUUUCCUUUUUUAAAAUAAUAAAAACAAAUAGGGUCUUUUUGGUUUUAAUCUGAAUGGGUUGAAAUUGGGGAGGGGGCGGAUUGUCUGGUUGUGUAUUUGUGUCAGUAAAACCAUGCCUUAUGGGGACCAUCACAUCUGUGGCUGACGCGUCUCACACUCGCGUCCUUCAAACUGUAGCUGGUGAGACACAGAGACUUCAGGUGUAAAUUAUUCAUAUAAUUGAUGGUGUGUAUAGCUUGUGUACAAACAGUACAGUGUUACAUGUGAUGUCUGUUUGUUCACACUGAGAGCAACCUGGCUGAUAAUCCCUGCACUCUGACCGACUGUGGGUGGUGUGACAGCCAUAAAAAUCGGCAUCUAAAAUAAUACUAACAGCAUAUACACACUGAACAGAAGCUCCCAGAACAGAUUUAACUACAAGAUUUAAAUCCACAUAACAUUAAUUACAGUGUUUACAAGUGAGACUCAAAGCUAUCAGUUUUCAAUGCAGUUAAAUACUUCAGUUCCUGAAAGCAAGAUCCUCUAAAUAUAGUUACAUGACAAAUAUAAUCAAAAUGCAUCUGACUGAGAAGAUGUGGACACACAUUACAGCACUGGUAAAACAAAUGGCACAGCUUUAUUAAAACAAGUUAACAAUAAAAAUCCAAAAAAUAAAAGGGCAAACUUCAGAACACAAUCAUUGAGCAAAGAUACUGUACUACAGUGGUUCCCAAACUUAUUUCAUUAAGGUACUCCCAUUGAAAUAUGUUCUCAGCCAAGUACCCCCUGACCAGUGCAAAAUAUUUUUGGCUAAAAAAUAAAUGCAAUGCUGUGCAGCAGUGUCGGAAUUAUGUAAGACUUAAUAGCUACAUUUCAAGUGUUUACAAUCCAUCACUACAUUUAUGGCAAACCAGUUUUUUAUAUCAUCAUGCAAUAACACUGAGACGGCAUUGAAGUUGCAUUGAACUGCGACUUUUUGAUGAGUUGCACUUCAGUUUUCUGUCUGGGAAACAUGAGUUUGUGCUUCACUGAAGAUCUCUGUCAUUCUCUAUGGCAGCAGUCAAAUUCUAUUCCAGAGGUGUUACUGCAGUUGACAGUUUAGGGCAGUUAACAUUGCAUUGAAAAUACAAAUACUGAGUAUAAGAUGCAAUUCAUGUAACUUACUUUUACAUUUUUUUCUUCGUCAUAAUAUAAUCAUAGUAUAAUCAUUUUAGUAUUAUUGCAUUACUGAUGUUUUUCAAACCAACAUUUCCUGUUCCAUUCCGGUCAAACAGAGUCAGGGGGCUGAUGUUGUGUAUGUGGCUCACUGAAAAGGAUCUGCUACACCAAAUGGACCAGACGCUUAAUUAGUAUCAAUGGUAACCAGUGUUUACCCUACUAUUUCAGUAGCAGUAAUUGUCCUUGAAGGGGUAAUUACAGAAUGUAUACAUGCAAAAUAUCUCAACAUCAUAGAUUUCUGUGAUGGUAUUUGGAGGUUGCAUUGCUUGGCUUCAAAUACGGAACAGUUGUAUCCACAGUUUCCUUUCUACCUUUCUCUGCACACACACACACUUGCAUCUACCCAGCUGAACCUGUUCCGGCCUGCUGCUCUUGUUGCUCACAGUGUGAACACAGAACAGGAGUCACUCACUGAAGCACCGAAGAACUUCAUAUUGUUUCUUUUUAGCGCCUGCUAACGUCUGUAAGCUUGUUUGUGUUUUUGUCUCUGCUGUAAUUAUAGCAAACUACAGAAAUAUGUCACCGGUCCAAAUUAAUGUUUACAUUUUCUAUUUUUUACGUCGCAUGUUGGGGAACUUGGACAGAUGAAGGAGUAUUUCAUUAUUAUCUUUUACAUUUGUUGUGCCAGCAUUGUUCAAGUAAUUCACGCAACAAUGUGAAAAUGUUUCUGUUUAGUGUCUCUUGGGUUUAUUGCAGCUGCUUUUAUGCUGGCGGCCUGAUAUGAAGUGCCCGGGGCAGCAGGGGUAAGUCACUGCUAGAGAUGAAAGAGUUGUUCUACAAAGUUAUCAGCAAGGGCAGUUAAUAGUGUCAUAUAUCGUCCUCGUUGUAAUCCUGUCAGCAUCUAUCAGCUCUUAUGUAACAUGUCUGACCUGCUACAGUUUACAGGAAGGAUGUGAUCUCAUUCUGCUAGCGUUCUAGACGUUGUCCUGUUGUCCAGACCAGGUCAGGUCUGGUCAGCAUGUCAAAGACAUCAAGUGCUCACAGUUUGUUUUUUGUUGGUUGAUUUUGCUGAGAACUGUCUAAAGGUCAAUUCAUACUUUCUGCUUCUGUGUGUCCACGAGGGUCCUCCAAAUCAGAGAAAUAACAAGUAAUCGGCCAUACCUCCGCACAAUCCUGCAGAAGGUGCAGAUUUUGAGGAGAAUGCAACUGAAGCUGCACUGUCUUGCGUGCCUCAGUGCCGCUCAGCCAAACCCUCGGUCAAUUAGACACAGACCUGCACACCCACAGAGUCAAGCAUAGCCGACCAAACUUUGUUUUAAUGCCAUGUGUGGGAUGCCAGACAGACACAGACCCUCAAUUAGUGUGUGAAUGGAACCAUGUGUGCUUCAACGAGACCACAGCUGUCCACAGAAUGAAGAAAGUAUGUACAAACCUUCACUGUUUGCUGUCACCAGUUUGAUACUAAAGGUUAAAGAGUAACUGAUGCUUCGGGUUUGGAUUGUGGUCCAAGAGUCUGUAAUACAUGGUCUGGGUCUUAACUGCCAACAAAAAACAUCCCAGUCUUCUUUAUGUUUUAUAUUAUGCAUAUUUUAGUUGCCAUUACCUCAGUGUAUCCCAAAUCUAACAAAGUACAAUGUGAAAGUUCAUUCUCGACUCUGGAAACAAAAUAACUCCACUUACGAGCUUUCAGGCGCCCCUCAUAGUUUUCCUCAGUGUCUAGUUGGCUCAGUUGUCACAGACAUGGAUCAGUUGUCAUUAUGUGACCUAAGUGGGGAACAUGACAUCCCGUCCAUCGAGGAAAACUCUGACAUGUGGUCGAAAGCUCUGGAAAAAGCCAGUUACUUGCUUCUUAAGCUGGUCCAAAGCCGAAGCAUCAGGAGGUGCUGAAUCACACCAGCACUUACUCACCUGUUUGUUUUCUGGCAUGCAUGGAUGUGUUUAAUACACUCUGCAAGUGAAAUGAAAAUGCCAAAAUCAGAGUGUGUGAACAAGCUUGUGAGCUCAGUUGGAAGGUUCUCUGUUUUCUGUUAGAUCCAAAGGAACUUCUUUUAUUGUUUUUUGUUGUUGUUGUGUUUAAAAAUUUGAAUGGUCUGGACAACCAAAACCUGUUUGUGUUACUUCAGUGUUCUAUUUUAUACUUCGCAAGUGGUUGAAUGAUGGACCACUUGAUUGUACAAUGAUGUGCUUUAUUUUGUCGGGAAAAUGUGACUUUUAAUCACGUGCUUCAUCCUUAACACCAAAAUGUUGCUCUUACUUUUUCAUUUAACUUGGCUGUAAAACCGAUGUAUUAGGCAAAACAUGUCUGCAAAAUAUCACAAAUGUCAAAACAUGUACCCUGAAUUUCACUUUAUAGGCUAUUAGCUGUAGAUUAUUAUUAUUGACCACAUGUUCUUUAGUUAGUAAAAACUGAAAUUUGAAUUUGGGUGAGACCAAUGUACGAGUGUAGGUGUAGUUUAGUGCGGUCUACUUCUGGGCCUACAAUCAUUUCAAUACUCCAACUUUGGUUUUAAUGGUCUAAACACUGAUUCUGCGUUUGGAUUAUUGGUGUCAGCCCUUAAAAGACUAAAUUGGUCCAGACCCGAAUUUAAAUCACCACCACUGUGUUCCACACUGACCCUCACACAGCUGCUUCUGCUCUCUAGAAACGUUGAAUGAUGUCCUGGUUUUGUGUUUUUGUGCUUUACUCUGUACAAAGUGUUUUUCUCAAUGCCUUUAGUAUUCAUCGAAGAGCCAUAAAGUCAAUUCACUGGUUGUUUCCGGGAGCCCAGUCGCUGAAUGUUCUGGCUGAUGGACUGGUGGACGGACUGGUCUCAUCACUCACUUAAGGUGGUAACAGCAAGUCUGUGUUUCAUAUGGCCUUGGCUGGAUGCACCGGAUAAUGUUGCCUUUGGGCCUUUUUCAAAAUUGUGAUUGAAUGGAAAUGUGAGGGAGGGGUGGGAGGGAUGCUACUUGUAAAUAUGAUUUAAAAUAAACACCUUGGGAUUGUAUUUCA